GAUAGACCUGUCAUCAAACCCCUCUGAUUCAAGCAUUACCUGCAAAUCCCAUUCACCAAAACGCGUCGUUUCGACCCUUUUCUCCGUUUCUUCAAGCAACUCUUCUCAUUGUUUUCUCUAUCAGUCCUUGUGACCUGAAACUUCCAAUUUGUUAUUCAGUGUCAAAACCUAUACUCUAAGAAAGCCUUUCAACCACUGCCCCAUACGACGUCCCAACCACAUUGUCUCCAUAAAAGUAUUGCCCUCUUCGUCUUCUUCGGGACGAACCCACAGAAACCCAGUUCGAUUUCUUCAUCGGUUUCAUUGAUCUGGGGGUUUUGGGGUGAAAAGAGAAAAAAAAUGGGGGUUUGGAUUUGGGUUUUGGUUUUUGGGUUUGUUUGGGGAAUUGGUGCUCAUGGGCUUGACCGUCAUCCACAUACGGAGCGAAUUUCAGGAAGUGCGGGUGAUGUUUUGGAAGAUGAUCCAGUAGGAAGGUUGAAGGUUUUUGUGUACGAGCUUCCAAGCAAAUACAACAAAAAGAUCCUUCAGAAGGACCCCAGAUGUCUCAACCAUAUGUUUGCAGCUGAAAUUUUCAUGCAUCGGUUCCUCUUGUCCAGCCCUGUUCGAACCCUCAAUCCUGAGGAAGCAGAUUGGUUUUACACUCCAAUAUACACAACUUGCGACCUUACACCGAAUGGCUUGCCAUUGCCCUUCAAAUCACCAAGGAUGAUGAGAAGUGCAAUACAGCUCAUUUCUUCAAACUGGCCUUACUGGAAUCGGACAGAAGGGGCUGAUCACUUCUUUGUUGUGCCUCAUGACUUUGGAGCCUGCUUUCAUUACCAAGAAGAGAAAGCUAUUGAACGGGGGAUUCUCCCAUUACUCCAACGUGCAACCUUGGUUCAGACUUUUGGACAAAGGAACCAUGUGUGCUUGAAUGAGGGUUCAAUCACAAUUCCGCCAUAUGCUCCCCCACAAAAAAUGCAGGCCCACCUAAUUCCCCAAGAAACCCCUCGGUCCAUCUUCGUUUACUUCCGUGGUUUGUUUUAUGAUGUGAAUAAUGACCCUGAAGGUGGUUACUAUGCAAGAGGUGCAAGGGCAGCAGUUUGGGAGAACUUUAAGGACAACCCGCUCUUUGACAUCUCCACUGAGCACCCAACGACAUAUUAUGAAGACAUGCAACGUGCUAUUUUCUGUCUAUGUCCCCUGGGUUGGGCCCCUUGGAGCCCCAGGCUAGUUGAGGCAGUGAUAUUUGGCUGCAUCCCUGUCAUCAUAGCAGAUGACAUUGUCCUACCCUUUGCCGAUGCUAUCCCAUGGGAGGAAAUUGGAGUGUUUGUAGCAGAAGAAGAUGUCCCUAACCUUGACACCAUCCUUACAUCCAUUCCACCAGAAGUAAUCCUACGAAAACAGAGGCUGCUAGCUAAUCCUUCAAUGAAGCAGGCAAUGUUGUUUCCCCAGCCUGCCCAAUCAGGAGAUGCUUUCCACCAGAUACUGAAUGGUCUAGCUCGCAAGUUGCCGCACAACAAGAAUGUUUACUUGAAGCUUGGGGAAAAUGCCUUAAAUUGGACAGCGGGGCCUGUAGGAGACCUGAAACCAUGGUGACAGAAGCAGCUUUUUUCAUCCCAGCACAUUUUUGUUAUUCCCCUUUCACUGUUUUGCCCCGUCUCUAACCAGCUGGAGUUUGUAUCAAACUGUCAAGUAUGCUGAGUCCAUACCCAGAUGUAAAUCCCCAUUGUUCUUAUUUUAAUCUCACCAUUUGUUGAGAUACUUAAAUGGUGAGAUGCUUAACAGUUUCAACACAUAUGCCAUUUUGCAGGUAUAGGUGUUUGGCGUAGUGCUUGUGCUUUGCAACAGUUAUUGUUUGAUUUAAAUCAAAGGCUCUACAUUUUGGUUUUUGUCCAA